UCACUUUUCAUUCUUACUCACGGUCCGUAAUCGUUCACAUAUCUGAAUGUACUCACUCAGUCUUCAGACUUCACUAUGUCCUUUGGGCCGGGGACAAUCUCAUCAGAGGUGAAAAUGGCAAUUGGCAGAAACUUCAUUGAAAUAUGGAAAAAACAUUUUAGUCUUAUAUCAACGUCGGUAUACUCACUUGUUUUGGUAGUGCUUGAAAAGAUACUGGAAUGUGAGUUUAAAUGCCCAGAAGAGCUGCAUUUGAGAUGUCCGUACGCCAUUUUACAUUUCAUUAUGCCAGCUGUGACUUUUUUUAUAUUAGGCAUAAUUUUCCAGGCAGCACGUCUACAUCCUUCUCAAAGAGAAAACGAAUUCUACUACUCUUACAACAAAUGUGGAAAGGGCAAUAGUGACUCUACAGAUAAGCACGAGUUUAGUAGCUGCUGGUGCAUUUUCUUAAAGGCUUCUUUUCCUGCUGUCUUGUGGAUAGUGAUCCUUCUUCUGGAUGGAAGAUAUGUUGACUGCUUGAGUGAGAACAUCACAGGGUAUCAGAUUUCCCAGAUUUCUGGACUCGUUAUCAUGGCUCUUGUUGUCAAUAUCGGUUUGGUAUGCAAGUUCUGCUACAAGAAGGGCUACAGACAAAAGAUAACAGUGGAUGAAGCUGAAAUCAAGAAUCUACUAGAGCAAAGAGCUCGUGAGUAUAUUUUAAAACAGAAAGAAGAGGCUAUCUGGCAACGCAUAAAUGAUGAAUGCUUAGCUGACCCAGAAAAUUUUUUGGAAUCUAUUAACGAGGAAACAGUAUCUGGUAUAAUAGCUAGAGUUUGUAACAUUUCAAGAGAAGGCUCAGGUGACAAAGGAGGAAUGGCCAGCACUUCACCUCCAGUGACCUCCAGUCAGUUACCUCGAGAGACCUCCAGACUGUUACCUGAAGGGACUUCCAGUCCACCAUCUGAAGAGAUACCAGAAAACUCAAGUUGUCCAAGGGUGUGAGUUUUUCUGUAUUUUAAUAUGACAACACAGUAAGACUGGUAACUGAUUAAUAUACCGGUGAUAACACCGAACCAUGACUACACAGCAACUGCAAUCUACUAAAUGCACAAAAACCAAAGUGGAAAAUAAGGAAGGACAUGCAUCCCCAGCAGUUCUGCUCCUCCAGCCUCCCCCUGCAGUUCUUGGCUUCCUCUCCCACACUAGGGGGGCUGUAGUGGGUUCCCCUCCCCCAUUCCAGGUGCAGGAGGGUGACUCUAGGGGCUCCCCACCCUCCUCUGCCAGGCUGGUGCUCCAGGGAGGGCAAGGCAGAGGAGCUGUCCUGUCCUGUUGUUCACAGGAGGAGAGGAGGAAAUGGCAGUGGAGCCAUCUUGAAUUGUUGAGCUCUUAAGGUCCCUCUUCCCCUCCCAUGAGAAUGGUGUCUGGAUGCCAAGGGAGUGGGGAGAGGGAGAGAGCUCUGAGUGCAAAGUGCCAGAUUCAUAGCAGCACUACAGCUCUGCUGGAUGAGAUUUCCUGAGGUAUGUGUAAACAUGUGACACAGGGUUCAAAUGUGUAAGUCUUACAACUCAGGUGUGAGAACUGAAGUGUCUGAGAUCUCCAGUCCUCCAUUUCACGAGGUCUCCAGCUCUUCACCAUAAGAGAUCUCCAACCCUUCACCUCAAGGGUUCUCCAAUUCUCCACUUCAAGAGGUCUCAAUACCUUCAUCUCAAAGGAUCUCCAACCUUUCACCUCAAGAGGUCUCAAAACUUUCAUCUCAAGGAACUACAGAUUUUUGAUUUCUAAUAGUCGUGUAAUCUAUAAGGGAAAAGCUACAACACAACCUCAUAACCGGCUUCUCUCAAUUUCAGAACAGCAGAAAUGGAAAACAAAGAGAAAUUAAAAUGAAGGCUGAUUAAAACUCUGUCCAUAUCUAGUUAAACAAUGGCCAUAGGGUGACCACUCAUCAUUAAAUGUCUUCCGAUGGCCAAGUACGUUUUUGGAAUGUAAAUAGAAGUUUUCUUCUGUUCAGGAAGAAAAUCCGAGAGACUGCCAAUAAUCCGCUCAAGAUGCCUGCAGCUGUUAAAUAAUUCAAAUACAAGCAAACGUGGCUCAUCUGUUUUUCACAUGCACUAGGUGUGCUUUAGCAUUUACUUUCAUAUUUUUACGUGCAAGACAUUUAAAAAUAAAG